CAAACAAACAUCCUUAUAUUACAUAACAUUUUGGGCUUGUAAAUCAUUCUCUUCCUCCUCCCUUAUUCUGUCUUACAGUUUAUUAAAAUUUUUCUCUUAUCCAGUAUUAUUUAUUUUUCUUUCAGUGUUUUUGCUCACUAUUUAAUUGAUAAUAAGAAAAAGACUCAAUUAAUCUCACUAAACACCUCUUCAACUACUAGAAGAUAAAUAACAGACAAUACAGAGAGUAUAUAGUAAAUGUCUUCGUCUUCGAUCGCCAAUCACAAUUCACUCGAAGAUGAUUGGGAACAAGACAGACACUACGGCGUCAUUAUCGAUGCCGGCUCUUCAGGAUCCCGAGUUUACGUUUACUCUUGGAAGGAUCAUGAAACAGCGAAGAAGUUAUUCACGUCCAAAGAGUUGAGAGGCAAAAUACCUGUUGUAGAGAGAGCGGACAAAGAAGGUUUAAAAUGGACAAGUCGAGAGGAACCAGGCAUAUCUACUUACGGUUCAAGGCCAAAUGAAGUUGGUGAACAUCUUGAUAUGUUAUUGGAAUUUGCUCAAGAAGUAGUUCCGGAAAAGAAUCAUGCCUUGACGCCAAUCUUCCUAAUGGCAACAGCCGGUAUGCGUCUGCUACCAGAAGAACAGCAGAAAGAACUUCUAAGUGCCACUUGUAAAUACAUACGUGACAAAACCUCCUUCGUGGUUCGCGAUUGCGAUGCACAUGUUCGCAUUAUACCUGGUGAAUUGGAAGGCGUUUAUGGUUGGGUGGCGAUCAAUUAUUUAAUGGGAGGAUUCGACAACAGUAUAAAGGCUUAUGCCGUGGAUAAAAGUGAAGUAAAGGAGCAACAAAACAACGACAACAACGAUAAAAAAUUGGAACAACAUCAUACAUUUGGUUUUUUAGAUAUGGGCGGGGCAUCGGCACAAAUCGCAUUCGAACCAGAGCAUCAUCAAAAAGAAGAACAUAUAGAGGAUUUAACCCGUAUCACUUUACACACUCUGGACGGGCGAACUGUUGAUUACGAUGUGUUUGUUACAACUUUUUUGGGUUAUGGAAGUAAUGAAGCUCGUAGACGGUAUUUGGAAGAACGUGUAAAAGAACUCUAUGCUAGUUCCAACGGCAAGAAGAAUUUACUAGACGAGCAUCGCAUGUUAAAAUUGGACGAUCCAUGUUUACCUUAUAACUUGGAUAUGACCGACAUUUCCUCCACCAGCGUGUCUUUAUCACUUCAUGGUACAGGCGAUUAUGAAAAAUGUAUUGAAUACACUUUACCCCUCUUGAAUAAAAAUGCAGAAUGUCCUAGCAAACCCUGUCUAUUCAACGGCGUGCAUACUCCUCACAUUGACUGGUCUGUCCACAAAUUUGUGGGUAUAUCAGAAUAUUGGUAUUCAGCACAUGAUAUUUUAGGCUUAGGUGGUGUGUAUGAUUUUGUCGAAUAUGAGAAGAAGGCUAGCAACUACUGUGCAAAAGAUUGGUCAACAUCCGAUAUUGAUGGAAAGAAGGACCUCACUCCUGCUGAGCUGAAUCGAUAUCAGAUGCAAUGCUUUAAAUCAGCCUGGAUUGUUAACGUGCUUCAUGAAGGUAUUGAAAUCCCUCGCAUUAAAAACCCUAGUGGGCAUCACAAUUUGACAGAGGACAAAGAGAUUCUUGAACAAACGAUUGAGAGUGUGGAUGCGAAGAAUUGGAACCCGCCUUUUCAAAGCAUCGACACUAUUAAUGAUAUUCAAGUGUCUUGGACAUUGGGUGCCAUGCUUUUGCACGUGGCAAGUCAAAUCCCUCUUGUCGAUUAUAAUGAUGGAUUUUUGGGACAUAGUACAGAUGAUGAAGGGCCUCAUGAAAUUGCAGAUGGCGUUGCUGUUUAUCCCUCUAUAAGCAGUCAUUAUGGAGAAGAUAUAAUCGAAACAAACACAUCUGCAUCUCAUUCAAUAGAUGACGACCAUGCCAUUUCCUCUAAAUCAUCGACAGCGAAUGUAUUAAUGAUUCUACUCGCAUUGAUAAUAGUGUUAUGGCUUUUGUUUAGAUUCAUACGCAAAAACAGUUAUAGUAGAAGCGCAGGCGCUAAUGGGGGUAUACUUGGUAAUGAUAACAUGGUAGCAGUAUCAACAUGUAGCUACUAUAUAAACCCAAUGGCAUAUCUCAGCUCGUUAUCGAGGUUUCUUUCUCGAUCUACUGUCGCUAUGCGCAGUUCCUUAUCCAGCUUUAUGAGCCGCAAUAUAAAUCAAUACACGAGUGUAAAUACCAGCAUACCUGUCGAUCUGCAUACAUUUGAGGAAGGAGUUGGCACAGUAAGUAUUGCCAACAACAGUAAUAAUAAUGACGGCAUAGUUAGCAUCAAUAUCGGUAGCCCCAACAACGACGAUCGUGUAUUAGGUCCAUCCAGUAAAUCACCCAAGCUCAUCUCCAAACAAUACUGGAAUAAGAAACGCUAUAGUGGCGAUAGCCACAAUACGUAUUCACAUACAGUAGAUGUCGUAGAGGGCUCUAGUGUAUUACCAUUUAGAACAUCAUCAUCAGCUAUGGGCUUAGCGAACCGUAACAGUGGCUCAUCUACUAACAUAGCAGCUGGUGGACGACCGGGAAGCACACCGAAUCUGAAUGCUUUAGGCUUUACAGCAAUGGAAAGGACCACUUCGCCGCUAGCAACGGAAGUGAAUAUGACACGGUCUAGGUCUCGCAUUGGAUUCGUCAUUCAUGAACAGUCCGACGAAGAAGAUUAUGCAUUAAGUGACGGCCCAUUAACAGAUAAUCCUGCCACUGUGUGGCUGCAACAACAACAGCAAGCCACUAGUAGCAGUAGAGUGAGUAGUCCAAGGCUAAGUCCAAGAGGAAGUUUAGAAAGAAGAAGAAAAGAAGAGCCUUAGUCCUUCAUACCUUUUAUUACAUACAGACCCUGAAUACAAUUUAUCCACUAAUCUUAUUGUUCCAUUUUUUGAUUUUUCAUUACUGUUUUAAUAUUCUUUACCCAAAUUACAUAACAUACUCUAAAUUAUUCACGCUACAAUGCAAUUAAAAAUCUAAAUAUCAGUAGUUUAUC